AUGGUAGUGUUUGUAAGAAGUAGAUGUGAAGUGGAGGAUCAAGUGAUGUUUGCUACGGGCCUCCUACAACUCCAAGCAAAGGAUUGGUGGGACGUACAUUCGAAGGAAUUGGGGGAUGACAAGGUACAAACGUUAACAUGGCAAGAGUUCAAGGAGCCAUUUCUGAAAUAUCAUAGCCCACAAUCCGCACUUGAUAAGAUUCAAGAAGACUUCCUACGUCUUCGACAAAAGGAUGAAACGACUGACAAAAUAACGAAUAAGUUCCUCGAGAAGGUGAAAUUUUGUGGGGAGAUAGCGGGGACUGAGAGAGAUAGGGAGAUUGAGUUAAGAAGGCAGGUGGAACGAGGAGAGAAAAGGGUGGCCGAGAAGCCUACCAACCCAAGCCCAUCGAAAAAGGCAAGAUUCCAGGAUCAGAUCAAGAAAGGGAGGACAGGUAGCGGAAUCCCGACUUGCAAGACAUGCGGGAAGCAUCAUUCGGGCGAAUGUUUGUUGGGUAAGAAAGGGUGCUACAAAUGUGGGCAAGAGGGGCAUCCGUAUUAUAAGUGCCCCGAAAAUUCUAAGACGUGCUAUAAUUGUCAUCAAGAAGGGCACACUAGAGCAGAAUGUCCGAAACUCCAAUCAGGGGCAAAGAAAGAUGGAAAGAAGGAUGAGUCUUCCAAGGCUCGUGGGAGGAUGUUCCAGUUAACCGCGGAUUAA